AUGGAGCAGGUGGACAUAUCAAUCAUUGUCCCUAUGUUUAACGCGGCUAAGUGGGUUUCUAAGUGCUUCAACUCUAUCUUAGAACAGACCUUCGAGGGUUCUCUGGAAGUAAUAGCUUGGGAUGAUCACUCUGAUGACGGCACAAGAGAGCUUGCAGAAUCUUAUGUUACAAAAUUUCGUGCAAAAGGAUGGUCUCUCGUAGUUUCUUACAACCCAGAAGCUAAAAGUCCGGAAGGUCCCGGAAUAGCAAGGAAUCGAGCGACGAAAAUUGCCAAGGGGACCUAUUUCGCGUUGCAGGAUGUAGACGACGAAAUGUUUCAGAAUAGAUUAAAGAUGCAGUUCGACGCUGCUGAUGAAUUGAAGCAGGUUUCAACGGAUGGAGCGGAAUCAUUUAAAAACGUCAUGAUUGGAACUCAGAUUAAACGUGAUCCUGAAGACUCGACAAUUAGAUAUACCCGUUGGCUGAAUACAUUAUCGGAUCAACUUCUAGGGCAAGCGUUUUAA